AUGUCAAGCAGCACAGCCACCGUCUUCAUGUCUCAGUCACAGAUGAACGUGCUAGACGACAAGGAGGUCAGCCGGAGGAUGGCAGAAAAAGCUGUGCAUGACCAAGCCUUCAAAGAUCAAUUAUUGAUUUGUGUUAACCCACACACGCAACGCAAGGGCUAUCGAGCGAUCCUCAAAACCAUCAAGAAAUUCAGAGAGCAAAUAUUGGACGAGGCUGAGCUGAAAAUACCGGAGCCGGCCAAUGGAAAGCCACGAGAUGUUAAUACCUACCUCAAGAGAGCCACAAAACCACUAGUGUCGCUGGGCAAGGCUAUCAAGCAGGAGGGAGAGGAGACCAAGGUGACUUCUGUGGAAGUCGAUGGGGUGGGGUGGGGCUGGGUGGUAAGUCAUCAAAUAUACUUGGACUAG